AUGGCUUCUGCUAACAAGUUUCUCCGAGAAUAUAAACUGGUGGUUGUCGGUGGAGGUGGCGUAGGAAAGUCAUGCUUGACCAUCCAAUUAAUCCAGAGCCAUUUCGUCGACGAAUACGACCCAACAAUUGAAGAUUCGUACCGCAAGCAAUGCGUGAUCGACGAUGAAGUCGCUUUGUUGGAUGUGCUGGACACUGCGGGCCAAGAAGAAUACUCAGCCAUGCGAGAGCAGUACAUGCGCACCGGAGAAGGAUUCUUGCUCGUGUACUCCAUCACCUCUCGCCAAUCAUUCGAGGAAAUCAUGACAUACCAACAACAGAUCCUCCGCGUGAAGGACAAGGAUUAUUUCCCCAUCAUAGUGGUUGGCAACAAGUGCGAUUUGGAGAAGGAUCGGGCUGUUACUCAACAAGAGGGUGAGGCUUUGGCACGUCAAUUUGGUUGCAAAUUCAUCGAGACAUCUGCGAAGUCCCGAAUCAACGUCGAAAACGCUUUCUACGACCUCGUCCGAGAAAUUCGCCGCUACAACAAAGAAAUGUCAUCGUACCCGUCAGCAAGCGGUGCCUUUGCUGGUGGUGCUCCCCAUGGCAAGAUGGACGUUUCUGAGCCAGGCGAUGAUGCUGGAUGCUGUGCGAAGUGUGUCAUUAUGUAA